GCCCGAAUAUAAGACGGCCCUGAUUAUAAAACGACCCCCUCUUUUUCAAGACUCAAGUUUGAUAAAAUACUUUUAGACCACCAAAUUAAUUUUUAUACAGAAAAUAAUUACAGUACAUCUGAAAAAAUGAUUAUAACAAUAUAUUUGAGAGAAAAAUCAUCUUGAAGUUUACACCAUAACUUCUCUUCAGUUGCCGGUUAACCUUGCCGAUCUUCGACCCACUUUUCUCCAUAUUGUCGCUACGUUUCUCCAUCUUCUGCUAUCUCUUCUAUAAUUUUCUUCUCUUUUCUUUCUUACCACUAUUUUUUAUUUUUCUUCUUCGUGACAGGGGUUCGCUUUGGCCUGGGGAGUUCAGCAUUUGCUUCAAUAUCUGGCGCCAUCUGGCGUCGUGAAUGGGUAUAAUGUCUAGACCCCGAAUAUAAGACGACCCCCACUUUGUCUUAUUGCAUCAAUGCAAAAAACACAGUCUUAUAUUCAGGCCAAUUCGGUAUGUCUUAUUUUGAAAUGUACGUGGAAUUUGUUUUUUUUCCAUUGAACAUGCUGAGCUUCGAUUUGUUGCCAUCGCAGAAAAUGUGAUGGUUUGAACUCCAAUACUACUUUGAUCUUCCAGGUAGAUUUUGUUUGUCGGCGAGCUAGAUUACAUCAUAUUAGAUUAUGAUAGAUCGAUCGCUAGAUAGAUCGGGAUGAUUAAAUAGGAAACUUGAAGAGUAAUCACUGCCUACUUGUUCAUUCUUGUUGCGUUCACUCCUCAACAUGUAAAAAGUGAAUGAAAGCAACCCACAGCAUGGCCGCAAUCCACUGAGAGACUCAGUGAUGGCGCACAGACAAACACAUUCAUAUUCUCUCUCUCUCUCUCUCUCUCUCUGACACACACACACACACACACACACGCACACACACGCGCACACCCACGCGCACACACACACCCACGCUUCCUCAUCAUAAUCCGCCUCCCUGCGCAGUUUGGUUGGGUUUGGGUUUUGUGUUCACAGGCACUCAUUUAGUGACACCAGAGCGAGCAGACGCGCUGGCAACUUCUCUGGAUCUUUUCUUUUUUCCCCCCCGCAGCCUUUUGUUCUGUUUUUUUUUUUUUUUUUUGUCCGGCGAAGGAAAUACCGCAGCUUUCUAAAUGAACGCGACGGUCACUUUUAACAGAGCGUGUGGAUGUAUGCUUUGUGAUAGGUCCGCGUAUAUUUUGAGCUCAGCAAACACUUGAAUGGGCGAGUGCGUUUUGGGUAAAAGUUGUUUGUAGCAGGAGUAUUCCCCGCCCCGCUUUCAUUCUCGGAAUUAGUGUGAGGGAGAAUGCUGGCCGAAGUGGUCGCGCUCUUCUACCUGCUCAGCUCGGUUGAGAGCCAGCAGGAAGCGGCGGCCGCAGCCACAGGUGGCCGCUUCGUUUGUAACGCCAUCCCCCCUGGAGCCGAGCCCGGCUGCGGUUCAUCGCCGACGGGCAACCGCUUACAGAUGAGCAGCCCCGCGGAGGACGAGCUGCGCAACACCAUCAUCCGGCUCCGCGAGACUAUCUUGCAGCAGAAGGAGACCAUCGUCAGCCAGCAGGGGACCAUCAAGGAGCUCAACUCCAAACUGGCGCGCUGCGAGGCGGCGGCGGACGCCUCGGCGCAGCCGGGCAAGUCGCGGGGUCACGGCUCCAGGAGGAAGGAGUAUGGCAAGAACACCAUGGGGGACCUGCCGCGGGACCCCGGCGAGACCAUAAAUCAGCUUGGGAAGACCAUGCAAAGCCUAAAAGGGCGCUUGGAGAGCUUGGAGCAGCAGAGUUUGCAACUCCCUGGCAUAAACGUGUCAGCUGGCAGUGGUCCGGCACAGACCCCUUUGCCGUCGCAGCUGCGGGAGCUACUCGGGCAGCGUCUGGGACUUCUGGAGACGCAGUUGUUGCGAAAGGUGGCCGAGCUGGAGGAGGAAAAGAGUCAGCUUUACAAUGAAACGGCAGCCCAUCGCCAACGCACUGAGAAUGCGCUCAAUUCGCUUUUGGAGAGGAUCACAGAGCUGGAGAAAAAUAACAACGCCUUCAAGUCACCUGAGGAUUUCAAGGUGUCCCUCUCUCUGCGCACCAACUACCUGUACGGACGCAUCAAGAAGAGCCUCCCCGAGAUGUACGCCUUCACCGUGUGCAUGUGGCUCAAGUCCAGCGCCGGUCCCGGGAUCGGAACCCCCUUCUCGUACGGCGUGGCGGGCCAGGCGAAUGAGAUUGUGCUGAUCGAAUGGGGGAACAACCCCAUUGAACUGCUGGUUAAUGACAAGGUGGCACAGCUUCCACUUUCGGUGAGUGACGGACGCUGGCACCACAUCUGCAUCACCUGGACGACCAGAGACGGCUUCUGGGAGGCUUACCAGGACGGCGAGCGACUCGGCACUGGGGACAACCUGGCCCCCUGGCACCCAAUUAAACCUGGCGGGGUGAUCAUUCUGGGACAGGAGCAGGACAUAGUUGGAGGUCGUUUCGACGCCACCCAGGCCUUUGUCGGCGAGCUGAGCCAGUUCAACAUGUGGGACCGAGUACUGCGGCCAAUGGACAUCGUAGGCCUGGCCAAUUGCUCGGCAUACAUGCCCGGCAACGUGGUCCCUUGGAUAGACGCCAACGUGGAAGUGUUCGGCGGGGCGACCAAAGCCCCUCUGGAGAUAUGCGAGGACCGUGCGUUUGAUUCCUAAUGUGAGAUGUCGUCGGAAUCAGAAAGAAAAAAAAAGCCAAGUAUCCUUGUUUAUUGUUCAAAAGCAAAGGCGACAGGCAUAUCAAUAUUGUGCGGUCAUUCUUAAGAUUCACCUGUGUUGGCUUAAAUGUUCUUCCGGUCUUAACCGUGGAGAAGACUUUGCACUCAUGACCACAUGGAGAAGAAAACCAUGGUGUUGACAUUCGAGGCCUGAUUUACUAAUUUGUACGUUCAAUCUUGCACAAACAGAUGUUGAAGCCGAUCCACGAACAGGACCGCAUCUACCUGAUGACCGCACGUUUCAUUUGCCCGUCUUUGGAAGGAGUACUGUAUAUGUCAAUUGAUCAUUUGACUUGAUCACUACGAAUGAUCAAACCUGAGGUGAAUUCGCCAUUGGCUAAUUUUGCGCGUUUAAAUAAGCGACUUACAAAUCGCCAUCCACAGACAAGCAGUGCUAGCAUAGUACGGACAAAAUGAGAGGCAACGGAGAGAAAACGUACACAUUUGAAAUGCCAAAAACACAAAUGACCACAACAUUCCAUCGAUUGAUUCUAAUUUUUGGAGCUGUCUAAACGAUGGAGGGAUUUUAUCAUGCCCUCUGCCCUUGAGAAAAAAACUCUUGAGAUUCUCUCAUUUCAUUUGCUUGUGUCUAGGUUAUUUUAGCCCACUGUGGCAAUUGGUGCCAUUAUCUCCCGGAGCAGAUUUUCAGGGGUGCCGCGACAAGUUUUAAACACAAUGUUGCUGCCAAUCGUGGGCGCAAUCUGACCACGCAAUUUAGCACAAAUGAUCUGAGAUCAACUGCAAUCUUUAUAGCACAAUUUGCUAGCAUGAGCCCACAACUUAGCGCCCGAUAUUUGGGAUCUUAGUAAAUCAGGCCCCUGUGUGUUUUCUCUUCUCUCAUUUGACUCCUCAUGCAUUCCUUACGCUGACAAUGCUGCACUGUGCACGUCCGUGAGUGUUUCGCUCCAGCCGGCUUUCAUGUGUUGUGCAAACAUGAGUCCCGAGUUAGACGGUGCCACGUGGCACACUUCUAAAAAACAAUCCAAUGAGGAGAAGGCGUUCAGGAGUUGGCGGCAUUGUUAUUAUUGUGAAGCAUCGUAACGCGGCUGAUUGGCUAUAUAAUGCAUGAGCGCGAGCAAAGAGCGGAAGUCAAAGAAAGACAGUGCAUGCCUUCUUUUUGUCCGCAGAGUGUGUGUGUGUGUGUGUGUGUGCAUUCAAAACAAGUCAGAAUGUGGAUUAUUACGUAAGCGAAUAUCUUGUGUGUUACAAUACCAGAGAUUACCAGCGAGGGAGGACAUUUUCAUUCUUGUAAAUCUAUGCUUAAUACUUCUCUGCUCCUUGAGCAGCUGCCAUAUUCCAAACAGCUUUUUAUGGACGCUUUCGCCCAGGUUAAUAGCGAAUAGCCGACAGCUGCCCAGAGCUGGCUAAAACCUGGCAGCGGGCGGCUGCCGACGCGCCAGAGGGAACAGUAAGGGAUUGAUCAGGAAGGUCAAACGUUAAUUCCUCCGUCAUGAAGUACAGAGCUACCUUGACUUAUACGUUUAAUUCGUUCGGUGAGCACACUCGUAACGCAAAUCACAAGUAUCCGAAAUCAACUUUUCCCAUUGAAAUGAAUGCAAAUGCCAUUAAUUUGUUCCAAAUUCAAUCCCAAAACCACCAGCAAAAAGUAUGUAAUGGGUUUUUAAUAAGAAAAAAAGUACUCUACAGCAGUGGCCCCCAACCUUUUUCGUGUCAAGAACUAGUUGAGACAAGUACAUGCUGUUCGCGGAGCGGCACCCUUUUUUUUUUUCAUUGCGCAUUUUAAUGCAGUGGUACUGACAACAAAGAUUCCUUAAUUUCAAAUGUAGGAGAAAAUAAAAUAAUGCGAUUAACAACUAUGAAAUGGACCAAUCAGGAAUAAUAAACGUGCUUUAUAAUGUAAACAUAUUAAUACUGAAGUUAUGAUCUUACACACGGAGUUGGCACCAUUGCUACUUGCAAAUGUGACACAAUUGUUUGCUUGAUUGAUCUGGUGGCUGCCGGCUAGUUAUUAGCGACUAAGCAACAGCUUUCUCCUCCACGUCACUCUGGCGAUACCGUGAGGGGAGGAACGUCAAAAUAGCUUCAUCUUCGGAAAUCGCGGCUGCCCAUCAGCUGCGACCUUAGCUGUACGUUUGGUCCAUUUGUUACUUUUACUUUCUGUUUCCUGCUUCUUUGUUCAUUCAUUGGCGGAUUCUGUUCAUUUCAACUUGCGAAACAAGUUUCCGCCACGUCUGAUGGAGUAAAUUUGCUCACAGCUCGCAGGUCUCUCUCUGGUACCGGUUGGGGAGCCCUGUUGUACAGUAUUCUAAUUAAUAUAAAAUGUUGAAGUAGAAUCUAAACAAUGAAACCGAUUUUGCAUCAUGAGUUCAUACCUCAACAGAUUUAUAAAGGACUGCUAUACUAAUGCUCGUUUCAUUCACCAACUAGUGGCAAUGAAUAGAACAGAAGCUCACUUGUAUGUCAAAUUUUUGUUCAUAAGACAAAGCAAAAAUCCGCUUGUACAGUAAGUCAAGGUACCACUGAAAUGAUGUCGACAAUAUGAAUGGAUGUUUUUUUUUCCUUUCUGAUGCUGGAAUGAAUCAUCAUUGACCCAAUCCGCAUUUGAAAUAUGAGCAGCACCCUAAGGACAUUAUGAA